AUGAGCAAAAAAUCAGAAGACACAUCUUCUGUUAGCCCUAUGGCUACUGGUAGGAAUUACGCUGAACUACGAUUAGGAAUUCAGUCAGUCGCUACAUCUGAAUUCAACUCUAUUAUAACCGAAGACGCUAGUGCCAGCACUAUUCGGAAAAAUCAACCACAUGUUCCUAAAAAGACCGAGACGAAAAACGAAACGGACCAUAUAGACAGUGAAGAAGAAACUAUAGAUUACGACAAUCCUACGUACAGUGCAAAAACCUGCUUAGACUUCAUCCCUAUGCUCAAUGGACAAGAUGAUAUAGGAGUAGAAGGGUUUAUUAAGCGGGUUAAAAACUUAUUUUUCAGGACGCUUAUCUCAUGCACAACCCUCGUGCUCGGCCUGGAAUUAAUACCAAUCGAAAACAAUGCAAUUUUCCUCGGAAAAAUAUCUAAAGCUUAUUUGUACAAUGAGGAAGUUAAUGUAUAUAUAGGAAUAGAUGUAGGUGAUAUAACUAACCACAUCGAUACAUUAGGAAAACACAUAAAAGAGACCCAGAAACAUUGUACCACCUCGUGUCGAGUAAAAUCAGAAAUACUUUCCUUAACCAACAAGUUUAACAACGUCAAAACGCUAGGAACACAUUUAAGAUUACUGACUCACUCUAAAGUUAAGAGAGGAUUGAUAAACGCUAUAGGCUCAAUCAGCAAAACACUCUUCGGAACUCUAGAUUCUGACGACUUACAGUUGAUAGACCAGAAUAUCGACAAACUAUUUAGCGAAGGAAACGAAUUAAAAACCAUUGUAACUAACCAAACCGCUCUAAUUAGGAAAAUCCUAAACACCGACAGCCUAAAGCAAUUAGAAAAGGUAAACGCGGACAUACGAAAUGAAAUAAAUCAGGUAAACAAGCAAGAACUUCUAGUAGUCAAGAUUAUUUCUAUAGAAAGCGCUUUGUCAGAUUUACACUUUCAACUCAAUGAAAUGUUCAAUCUAAUUCUACUAGGAAAACAAGGAAUUAUUAGCCCCCAGAUCAUAAAUCAUCACACUUUCUUAGAACAAUACGCUAAGGCUUUAGGAAAGCACACCAUGAAUAAAGAAUUUUUACCAGAGGAAGGUAACUUCCAAAACAUCUUAGACAUCUCUACACUCACACUGUUUGUCCAAAGCGAAAAGAUCUUCUUUAAAAUUUCAAUCCCAACAAUAACUGACUCGGACUGGGAUAUAGAACAGGUAUACCCCAUACCGACUCAAAAGAACGGAGCAUUUCUCGCUCCAUUAGUCGAACGUCCGAUAUUUUUUACCUCAGGAUUAACUUAUGUGAAUGUAGACCAGAUGUAUUUGGACAAGCAAUGUCGAAUCAGACGCGAAUUAUAUAUUUGUAAACAAACUUAACUCAUACAUUAUAGACAUUUGAAACACGAUUGCGCAUCCGAAAUAAUUAGUGUAGACAAUACCAUGAGAUUUUGUAAAUUCACAGUCUAUAAAAUCGUAGAUGUAACUUUUAUACCGCUCAAAAACGAAAAUCACUACAUAGCUAUACCAAAAAAAACCAAUAGAACUCAAUAUAUUCUCGGAAGAAGGUCAUCAAAUUGUCAAACUGAAGCAACCGUCCCUGUUGAGAACUAAAAUAACUGUAGAUAUAUUGUAUGGAGACAACCAUAUGAGAAUCAGUGGUAAUCCCAAGAACGUUUCUUACGAUAUUAAGGUUAAAACCAUAAAUAUAACUAAUAACGUAGAUCUAUCCUCAAUGCUUGGUAUCUUAGAAAAAACUCCCAAAGUAAUGAGCAACCUAAACGGCUAUACUGAUACCUUGAGUCAAAUAGAAGAUAGAGCCAAUCAAUUAACUUUUUCGCACAGAAUAACACAAAUUAAAACUUGGGGUCUCAGCACGUUGCAAAUUAUAGGAUAUAUAUCCAUUGGACUCAUAUGCUUGUAUCUGCUUAAUAAGACAGGACUGUCAAAACUGUGUAUUCACAUAUUUUGCUGUGAAAUUAAG